AUCAUAAGUGAAAUAAAGUGAUAAAUUUAUAUAAAAUCAAAAUCUAUAUUGGUACUAAGUAACCCUUGAAUAAUCAGAAUUAUUUUAUUUAGCAAAAAUGUCUUUCGACUUAAAUCAUAAAUUUUGGGUGUCCACUCGGAAGGAAAUAGGACAACUUAUCAAGAAACAAAGCCGCUUAAAGAAGAUAGAUCCUCCGCAGGAAAAGGCCGUGUCCUUUAAAAUCUUCGCAGAACUGUACGUUUUAUAUGUGGAGCUGGUCGCUAAGUUGAGCUUUAUUUACCACAAUACUUUCCAAGUGCAAAAGCGGGAAUUGGUUCGCGUUUUGGUGGAGAGUGCGACUCAGCAGCUGAUGCAACUCAAGGAGGAGCUCAAGGAGUUGGAAAUGAGCGAAUACAUUUAUAUAGACAAAGCUUUGAUCGCCAGGAAGCUAACGCCACGAGAUUUGGUUAUAUGGCGAUCGCCACAGUUUCUGUACCGCCGCCCUUUGGAUAUUCAAAAUAUUCUAACCGACAACCGAUUGUACAUGGACGAUGAGGAAAAGGAGGAGAAGGCGGCAAAGGACUGGGUUCCUAUCAGUGAGGCCGUGAAGCUGAUCCAAGCUCAUGAGAGGGCGCGUAGGGCUCGGGUGUAUAAGUCCAGCAUAAAGUACGACAAGAAGAAAUUCCUCAAGGUGUAUCAGAGAAGGAAAAUCAAUUAUAAAUUCACCUUUAAGCCAGAUCAGCCAAUGAGUAUACCCGUCAAGAGAACCAUCUUUUCGGCUGAUUUCUUGAAAGCCGACGAAUCUUGUGAAAACUUACUGAAAAAGGAUGAUGUCGCGGAAACAGCAGUGGAUGAUGAAGAAGCCCUUAAUAAAAUAAGGAAUGAUGCUGCUUGUAAAAUCCAAAGCUUGUGGCGGGGUUACAGGACAAGGAAAAUCUUUAAGAUUAGAAAGAGGUUCAAGGAAGAAUUGUAUGGUAUGAAGAAAAUAAGAAAACUGAAGAGACCCAACCAGAAUAAAAACGCAAUAAUGGAAAUGUACAAAAACGAGAUGCUGAAAAGAAAGCUGGACGACGAUUUCAUUAACUUGAUCAAUGAUGAACGCACAAGGCUUCUGCAAGUCCGAAGUCCGUGGAUGAUGGAAGAUAUAUCCGAUCAUAUUCGAGCGUGGUUCAAAGAAUUUUACGAAAAGACUGGAAAUUUUCAUCCAUAUCCUGAUCCUGUUAAAAAGGGAACAGUAUUAGUUGUCAUUGAUGAGACAAUGACUCCAAUGGAAUUUCAGCAAACCCUGGGUAAAAAACCAUUGACGAAAGCCGAGAAAAAGAAAAUUCGAGACAAAGAGAAGAAAGAUAAAAGGAAGAAGAGGGAAAAGGAGAAAUUAUUAAAAAUGAAGGAAGCGAAACGCAGAAAGAAACUAAGAGAUGCUGGAAUCAUUGAUAUUGGCUAUGAGUUAACCGCAAGCAAGGCCAUAGAAAAUAUCGAGGAAACUAUGAAAAGGUAUGCUAAGGACUGGAGGAAUGUCGAUGAAUAUCUUAACAAAAAUCAUGACCCAAUCAAAGAUUGGGUUACAGAGGCAGAGCUGGCAAAGAUACACCAGGAAGUGAGGGGAUUGGUCGACGAAUACAUGAGGGUCGAAUAUGAAUUGCUUCGGGAGGCCUUGGCCAAGGAUAACAAUGAAAAGUACAAGGCCCUCAAAGUAAAGUAUCCGAAAAAGAAGAAGAAUAAGAAGAAGAGAAAGCCAAAGGAUAUGACAGGAGAUAGAACCCUCGAGUCCUUGUACCACGAGUUAAAAGAUGGCGGAAUAAUCGAAGAAGUAGCUCACAAAGACUUUGAUGAAUUUAUUGCGGACUUUAACUUUGUGGCAGACGACACUCGAAAUGAAGACGACUUGAUUACAUUGGGUCCAGCAAAAGGUGACAUUAAAAUGGUUAUCCAAGAGUCGAUGCUAGGAAUGGGAGAAUUCGAUAUUCCGAAACCCAAGUCUCUUUUAUUAAUUGGUCCCCUGAAUAGCGGAAAAAAAUUACUGUGCCAAAUCAUUGCAUCUGAAUUAGAUGCAGUUUUUAUGAAUCUGAGUCCCGAGAAGACAUACAAGUAUGCCGAUGACCUAAAGUACUUCAUACAUGUUAUUUUAAAAGUGGCAAAGGCGUUUCAGCCUACCAUUAUGUAUAUCGAGGAAGCUCAUCGAUUAUUUUGGAAAAAAAUUCCGCCUGAGGCAGUUGAGAUAAAACCCAGACUUCUUGGUACCUCCAUAGCCAUUAAAAUUUUAAAGCCCCUGAAGAAAAAUGACAAAAUUGUAGUUGUCGGCACGAGCAACAUGCCCUGGGCUGCCAAGGGGGGUAUCAAAAGAGCGUUUCAAAAAGUCCUGCUAAUACCAAAGUGCGAUUAUGGCACUAGCUUCCUACUUUGGCUGGAACUGAUGACCGAAAACGCUCCCGAUGACAUGAAGGAGUACGCCUAUUCGGCACUGGCAAGGGUCUUACAAGCCUAUAACUCCGGGGACAUCGACGCCAAUGUAAAGCAGACUUUAAAUAUCGACCGAAAAAUGCGUCUCAUGAAUGAGGCAUUGGAUCCCAACGAGUUUUUAGAAUAUUUCCUUAGCAAGAAUGAGCCUCCUAUUUUCCCGCCAGAGGAGAAGCUUAUGGAAAAGUUUAACAAAUGGUUCGGCAACUCUAACAAACUGCAAAAAAUGAGAAAAGUGUUUGAUGCUCAAAAGUUGGCAAAAGACAAAAAAAAGAAAUAG